AUGGAUCACAAUACUGAACGUCGCGACUCAGCUAUGGUGGCUGACGAUCCAAAUCAGCACCUAGUCUUCCCUCAGCGCAACUCUAUAUCUGAAUCAUGCAGCUCAGAUGAUUCCGAAAUCUCACACUCUCGUUCACUCCCAUCCCUAAAGCGUCCCUACUCUGCCUCUCGAAGCGAUGGCUUACCGGAUGUCUUACGCACCGAUAAGUUUGCACUGACUCAACAUUCUGGCUUUCAUAGAGAUCACCACAAACCAGAACCAGUCACACAGACAGAGAAGGAGAAAGGAACUAAGACUGUCAACUCCAUGAUGGCAGCCACCAAAAAGAACAAUGUGCCACUAUGCAAAUAUGGUAGCCGACGAAAACUUAACCACCGGAACGACGACGUGAAGAAUAGGGUGUGUUGGUUUCACGGUAGCAGGCAUGGUGAGGAUAAGAAGGGUAAGCGGUGUCAGAACUAA